AGUGCAGUCUCCAAAGUUACUCUUGGUUUUUGUGCCUCCAAUUGGCUGUUUACAUGCGACCGUUCCAGCGAAAGCUCCAAGCACUCGACUAUGUUCGAGCACCUGCAUUCAACGUUGAUGACGAGCACGAAGUCCGCCAGCUAAUCGCAUGGCUUGAGGACACACGGAUUCGACUGUACAAGUUGGAAGAUCGCGCAUUGCUGCGGGACGUCAAGAGCGAUACAUGGCCCGCUGCUGGGCAAAAGUACUUGGACGACAUUGGCUGCCCAGGCGAGACCCGAGCCUCCAACCCAACGAUGGUCGACUGGUUGCUCAACCACGCAGUGAAUCUCGAAUACGCAGACCAGCAUGAAACCUCUGACAAAGCGAGCGCAGCAACUGCUGGUGCUGAUGGUAGCUCGGCAAUGGAUACAACGCCAGAUGCGCCCGCGCUGCAGGCGUACCACGUCCCAGCAUCGCUGCUCAUGGACACUGCGGUGCGAAAGGUGCUGAACGGCAUUGCAGCGGCAUUGCAACUCCCUCCGACCGACAAUCCGCUCGAGCUACUGCGCGCAGUGAGCGCUCUGGUGGAAGACCGGCUUUCGCCUGCCGCCGUGGCCGAAGCGCAGUCUCCGCCCGAGGCGCGCGCUGCAACCAUUCUUGACUCUAUCGAUCUCAAGCACGUCCCGCUGGGCUUUUCCACCAACGACGCUUUGCUCGACGAGGCUGCCAAAAUUCUGCGCCUUCUCCACAUCGGCGAAUUGCGCAAGCUCCAAACCUCUGUGAACGAGCUGAUCGUGUCGGUUCAAGGUUUGACGGCAGAUCCCAAGACGGAUUCUAGUCUUGGAGCUGUCGGCAAGUAGUACAGUAGCUUGUUUUUGAGUGCAAACACUGGUUUGUUCAAUGUGUAAUUUUGUUUGUUAUUGCG